AUGUCUCGAAAGACGAGAGCUGCACGACUGCUUUGGAGUCGUCGAGAAACGGGAGCAAGGCUCCAUCUCGGUGAGCCUGGCCGGAGGAGCUUUGUGACGGCCAAGGACGUCAGCUUGGUGACUCUUGAAGAAGUGGAGCCGGCCAGUGUGAGAGAAGUGCUUGGUGAGCAGCUGAAGGCCUUGCAAGCUCAGCAAGGAAGCGUCCUUGCCGGGAAGUCCGAAGGACCAGAAGGGCCUCCGGUAACGGAGCAGGCUGCCUAUGCCCCAAUGCAAGGGCAGGAGAACAUGCUGGAGCAAGCCAAGAAGGUCAAGGACUUGCUGGUGCAGUGGCAUGGGCGAUCGGCUCUGCUACCAGUGUGGGCGAAGUCUUUCUGGCAAGCGGUCGGUCUUCUGGAGCCUUUGGAGAGAAGGAGUGGGCACCCGCCGCGUUUCAAAGAACUCAAGGAGAAGCUUGAGGAGUUGGCUGCGGCAGGUGCUGUCUCGCACUCGUUAGAGGCCUUCCGGGCUCAAGAGAGCCUGGCGUGGCAAGACGAGGGAGACGAAGGCCCGGAGGGCUGGGAGGCCUCUCUGCCUCCGGAUCUCAAGCGGGCGGGGCCCGAGAUCUAUGCGUCUAUGAAGGCAGCCGGGGUGCGAUGCGUUUAUGUUGAUCUUUUCAACCUGGCGUCUCUGGUCGACUUCAAGGCGAAAGAGGGAGGCGCGUCGCAAGCGAAGAUCCUGAGCAUCAUCGCGCAGGAUGACGCCUGCGAGGUGCCGCUGCGCCGCCUAGCGGCCUGGAUACAUGAACGGCGCACCGGGGACAAGGAUGCCACGCAGAGCAUGCUUGCGAUCAAGCCGUCUUCUUUCUCUUCGGAUGUGGCGCCGAGCUGGUUGGUGACGGAGGCGGCUUCCUACAGCCAAUCGGAGCAUAAGCGCCGGGAGCGCGCGCGCGCGCAGGCCGGUGGUCACCAUGGUGGGGGCAACAGCAAGGGCGGCGAGCCCAAGGGCGGUAAGGGCAAAGGAAAGGACAAGAGGAAGGGCGGGGGCAGGGCCUCCACCCAGGGCUGA